AUGCUUAUACCCUUUGAAGUCGUUCGACAUAUAUCUCGCUACCUAUCAACAAAAGAAAUGCUAGAGUGUCUUUUAGUAUGCAAAAGCUGGCAUCGACCCAUGUUCGAGUCCUUAUUCAACUUGGUUACCAUCAAAACAUGCAGAUCCUUUCGAGCAUUUUUAUACGUUAUCGCUCAUCACGAACUCACGCCAGGCAAAUUUGUAAAGACACUCGAGCUCUACAUUGAAGAUUUCAACGAAAGGCCAGUGACAUUUACAGAAUUCGAGCUACUAUCACGGUACUGCUCCAAUCUAAACGAGCUGAUGUUCUCACACAAUAAAUAUUGGCGUUGCAUGAACGACCUUGAUUUAUCCACCAUUUGGCUGCAUUUACGAAAAGUACCCAUUUCGCGCAACAGAGCUUCUUUGGAGGUAUGCAUCAAACUCAAAGACAGAUUAGAGCAAGUGGCCUUCUAUGCACAAGACCAGUCAAUACUAUUCUUCAUGACCACCUCACCGCACUGUCCCAGACUACUGAAGAUGGAUGUUGCGACAUGCCAUUUACUGUUGACAACAGAUGCAUUGAAAUCAAUACAUGUCUGUGCUCCAUUGCUUCGAGAAUUAAGCUUGAUGGUGUGCAUGGAGAACAUCAGUGAUCCUCCUCCUCCUCUUUCGCUUGUGGACCGGCACAUGAACCAUGUACAAGAGUUGAAAUGCCUUAUUCACCACCCAGAUUCAGCAUGGUUUCCCAUCAUAAAAGCUACCUACUACGACAUUGACAAACUAACCAUGAUUAUUAGCAACGUUACCCCACGACAUGCUGGCUACACUGCCAGACAGCAUACCAAGUUCGAAAUUGUGCGAUCACUGAUAGAUCUGAUAAAGAGCACCUCAAUCAGAGAACUGGAAAUGGACUUCAAAUUUGUAGACGACAUAUCAUUCUUACAGGCUGCUACUGCGACGUUGCUGUACGACCAAUGCAACGACCUGGGAACGGCAAUGCCUGUUUCCGUCAAGGCAUCUUUUGUCGUGCCUGGCGACUUUGACUGCCAUCACCAAUUCUUGGCAAAACUGACAAGAUCAGAGACACAUGAACAGCAGAAAAGGGCUCACCAUCAGCUAGAGUAUCGCUUUAUUCGAGAAUCUGAUGAAGAGGACGAUGAGCACAAUGUCAGUGAGCUGGACUUAUUGGCAUAUACUAUCAUCAGCCCUAUCAACAAGCUCGUGACAGAACUUAGUCUGGAUAUUGGCAUUGGAGGUGAUUUUUUAUGGUCUUCUGUGAUUACCAAGAAACGUUGCGUGUGCUUUGAUCAAGUGUUGAGCUACUUUACACACCUGGAGUCAUUGACACUCUCAUCCCAUUUGUACGAGUUUUGCGGUGACUGCAUGCAGAGCGACGUCAAAGUUACAGUAUCGAGUCCAGUCAAGAACGCCAAACAUAAAUCCUUAAUAGCCCUGACAGUCAAGAACAUCUCUAUUGACAAGUGCGUCUAUCAAUAUUUAUUCAAAAACUGCGUCCAGCUAUCUACAUUGAGACUUAUCGAUUGCCAGAUCGACGAUGAAACUACGUUGAUUUUGGAGUGUUUAUCAUUGGAGUCGGAUGUACUGCUCGAGAUUAAUCAGGAUCCCAGUAAAAUCGCCAUAAUUUAG